AUGGUUCCUUCUAUACCAAAGAAAAUUCUACCCUUAAAGUACCCUGUUUGUACGACUGUAAUGUUUACGUUGUCACCUUUUUUCACUCUAUUCGACAUUUUUUUUUCCAUUUAUAGCACUCUUCUCCAAAGACACACACACACACAAAUAUAUAUAUAUAUAUAUAUGUAUCACAUUUGUAGUGGUGGUAAAUCAAGAGGACUCAAAACUACUAAUAUAUCUCAUCCACUCUUAAAAAGGAAAUGA